AUGAAAAAUAAUCGCUCGCCUGAUAAAAAAGAAGAAGAAAAAUUAAUCAGGCCUGCCCUUCCUCUUGAUUAGUAGUUCAAGGACGAUGAGUAUGAAUUGCCAGAAGGUGAUAUGGAAGCAAUUUAAUAUCUAAUGAGUGUAAGGUAAUAAGCAGAGGAAAAAGAGGAGGUCUAUAAAAGUAAAAAUUAUCAUCUAUACUUAUCAAACACUCAGACUUAAAAUGGUGGAAAUAUUUACUAAUCUCAAAGAAUGAGUCUAACUCAAUCGAUAUUCUAGCCAUCUGAGAUUUUAGUUAAUGAGCAAAGCAUAUAUCAAGAUAGAGACAUUGUAGUAGGCAGUAAUACUUAUGAUAAAAAUAAAAACAGUCUAUGGGAUUUAGAGUGGGUUAAGUUACUUCUUGAUCAAAGAAUUUAAACAAGAGCUUAAUUACUAUAGCUGUAGAAGCAAAUACCAAAAGCCCAAAGAUAUAUAAAUGCUGAUGUGUACUUUGAAUACCUAGAAAAACAAACUAAUUAUGAAGAUAAAAUAGUGGUUCUUGCUUCCGAGGUGGUUUUGCAGGAAAUAUUUGGGAUUUUUGCAAUAGAAAGAUAAUGUGAUUGGCUUGAAAAGAAACAAAUUCCUGAAUUAGAUUUGAAGAUUAUAUACGGGCUGCUAUGCUUACUAGAAAAGCCCUUAUUACCAGACUAGGCUGCAGAUUUAAACCAUUUACUAAGCAUACUAUUAAAAUUUAGGCAGUAGUUGAAAGUUGAAAUACAAUAAGAUGCUGAUAAACUAUCAAUGCUAGACAUUAAUAUUGCAUUAAUAACUGAGUACUUUGAUCAAAGGUUUAAAUGA